AUGCUGUCUACUCUUCGUAAUGCUGCUGUCGCUUCAGUCCGUCAAUCGACUGCUGUGUCUUUGAGAGGCAUGAGCUAUCCUCUGCGCCGUACAUAUGCGAGCGAGAAUAACAAUAAUGGUGAUAACAAAGAAGCGGAAAAAGCCGACACAGCCAACAAGGAUGAGCAACCCGCAGAAAAAGAAACUGAGGAUACCAGCAAACUUCUCGCUGAAAAAGAAAAGAAAAUUGCCGAACUUCAAGAUGCAUAUAUCCGAUGCUUGGCUGACCAAGAGAAUCUUCGAGAACGUACACGCAAGGAGAUUGCAGCAGCACAUGAAUUUGCUAUCCAAAAGUUCGCAAAGGAUUUAUUGGAUACAGUAGAUGUUUUGGGUAUGGCCUUGUCAUCUGUCCCCACCGAUUUGCGCUCCAAGGAGACCGCUGUAGCUUCCGAGAUUGCCAAGGAUACCGCUAAGCUUGCUGACCAACUAUCGAACUUGUACACUGGUGUCUCCAUGACAGAGGUUGAGCUGCUAAAGACUCUCAAACGUCAUGGUGUCGAACAAGAUAAUCCUGAGGGUCAAGCAUUCGAUCCCAACAAACAUCAAGCUUUGUUUCAAACUGCUAUUCCUGACAAGGAGGCUGGCACUGUAUUUGUCGUCCAAAAGAUGGGCUACACUCUCAAAGGCCGAGUGUUGCGUCCUGCUCAAGUUGGCGUUGUGGCCGAGUCUCAGUAG